AUGUGCGGCAGCACGUCGAGAGCUAACUAUUCUCUGGGACAGGUAAAUCUGAUCGACGAGUUCGACAUCCUGCAGAUCGUCGGUGAGGGAUGGUUCGGCAAAAUCCUGCUGACCGAGCAUCGCAGCACACAAACCGAGAUGGUGCUGAAGGCCCUGCCAAAGCCGUACACCAGCAUCUCGGACUUCUUUCGGGAAUUUCAUUAUGGGUUACAUCUGUCGGCACACAGAAACAUUAUAACCACCUAUGACGUGGCAUUCGAGACGGCCGGCUUCUACGUUUUCAGUCAGGAAUACGCCCCAUUGGGCGAUCUCACGUCGAACGUGACGGAGACAGGGUUGGGCGAGCUGCACGCGAAGAGGGUGGCCAGGCAACUCGCCGCCGCGGUGCAUCACAUACACAGCCGCGAACUAGUGCAUCGCGAUAUCAAACUCGACAAUAUACUCGUGUUUCGUAGUGAUUUUUCGCGUAUCAAGCUCUGCGACUUCGGCGAGACUAGACGAGUUAACACCGUCGUGCGAAGACAUAACGAGUGGCUGCCGUAUUCACCGCCUGAGGUAUUGCAGAUCGACACUGAUGAGACGUACAAAGCUCGCACGUCGCAUGACGUCUGGCAAUUCGGCAUUGUCCUAUUUGUCUGCCUGACCGGAUGCCUGCCAUGGCAGAAAGCAGCGAUGGACGAUCCGCGCUAUACCAGAUAUCAAAACUGGCACAACGCGACGCUUAACAUCGCCAAGAAACCGAAAUUAUUUCAGCUGAUCAGCUCGCGGGCGCAGAGAAUGUUCAAGAGGCUAUUGGACCCGAAGAUUGACAAGCGACCAGUCAGCGUAUUGGAAGUAAAUAAAUAUUUAGAAGACAGAUGGCUAGCGAAACUCGGGGUCGAAAAAGCGUUGAACGGCGGCGCCGACGAAAGGGACGAGUUAUGCCCGUCUAUGUACAGCUUCCACAGUUCCUUAGAGGAAAAGAAUCAACUUCUCCACACUCUUACGACGUAUGGAAUAGAGACAACGGUGGACCAUUCGAAGAAGAAGGCUCGUAUCAGAGAAUGGAUACAAGCUAGCGCGAUCGCCGAGGAGAACGAGGAGGACGAGUCUGAUGUUUACGACGACUCGGAGUUCUAUGAAGAUGAAGACAAGGACAAUGACGGAAGCGAGGAGGCAGAAUCAAUCUCCAUGAGAGGCAGGCAUUUUCCGGAGAGACGUCCAAGCGCCACGACAAAUAAUUCUAGAAAGAGAAGAGACAGUAGGGUCGCGAAGAAUCGCGUCGCGUCGAAAAACAGAGUGCCCGUAAAACCUGUCGAAAGAAAAAUACCCUUCGCUCCUCAAGUAGCUGAAGAGCGAGAAACGAUUGCGCGCUUCGCCAGCUUUCCCAACGGUGAUCCAAAUCUCGCCACCGUAAGGAACGGCGGUGAUCGAACUCAUGACCUUUCUUCGGUGAAUGUCCUCGCAUCACCGACAACGAAUGAUUUCUCCGCGAGCAAUCUUCAAUCGUCCAUGCCUAGUGCCAAUGGCCGAAAUAUCAAAGAUCAAGCAAGGAUUAACGCUAACAACUCUCGAGAUGAAUCGCCACUCUCCGUGCAACCAGUCGCAGUUGUCUCUGUCAAACAAUCGCCGCCUAAAACCUCCGGUAUCUCGGAUAGCACUGGUAGAGUUGUACCGAUGAGCCCGCAAAUUCCAGCCAGAAAGAAUCGCGCUCAUACAGCGCCGUUUUCAGAAAAGCACUCGGCUGAAGCUCAGACCGAUUUGGCGAGAAAGACACAGUCCGCGACACUUUUACGAACCUCGGAAAUGGAGGACUCGUUACCGCCACGUGCGUCAGCAAAGACAUCUGUCACCUCACAUCCGACGACAAUCCGAGCGAACAAUCCUUCCGUUGCUAUAUUAUCGACUUCACGAGCGGCGAGAUCAAUCCCUACACCGGUCGCUCGAACUGAUAGAGCACCUGUGGCGGCGAUAAUAAGCAACGCGUCUCUAGUCGAGCCCCAGCCUUCUAAUAGCGCUCUCCCUGGCCGAAUCGAAGGCUCGCCUUCAAUCGCGACGCAAAUCACAACGUCAGCCACUUCUCACUUGGCAAUGCAGAGUUUCAACGCGCUGCAGGGUAUCGCGGGUGCACCCUCGGCUGCUUCACCGACGAGUUCGUCAUCGAACAUGAACAAACCCGGUCAACGGGCCGAAGAGGUAAACGUAGCCUAUGGAAAAGAUGCGUAUGAACACUAUGGCAUCGCCCAGGGUAUCGUACUGCCGAUGAAAAUAAACGUCGUUAGGCAGGAUUCCAUUGGCAGUGGAAGUCGAUCUGUGAGCAAUUGAGACAUAAACUAAAGAAUGUACCGGAUUUUUGUUGAGAUCGACGAAAGUUGGAUAUUUGCGCAAGUCAUGCUAAUCACGGAACCUGUUGAUUACUGUCUAUAUCAGGUCUGUUCAAAAUUUAGCUCACGAGCUAAAAAGCUAGAGCACAGACCUUUACA